AUGGCGCGAAAGUACCUCGGAGGCUCAGGCGACGCCCUAACCGUCUGGAUUUCACUUGCCGCUUCGACCGUACUCGUCUUCUAUGGCUAUGAUCAGGGCGUCUUCGGCAACGUCCUCGUCGGCCAGAACUUCUUGGACCAGAUGGGCAACCCAACGUCGACUCAACAGGGGACCAUGACAUCCGCAUACAAUCUAGGCUGCUUUGGCGGCGCCCUCUCUACGCUCUACACCGGCGACAAACUCGGGCGGCCACGCACACUGCUGUUGGGAAGCAGCAUUAUUGCACUGGGCGCUAUCAUACAGGCUGCAUCCUUCAGCAUGGGUCAGAUGAUUGCAGGCCGUGUCGUUGCUGGGCUCGGGACUGGUAUGAAUACAGCUACUGCGGGUGUGUGGCAGUCCGAGACCAGCAAGAUGAGAAGCCGUGGCAAACUGGUCAUCAUUCAGAUGGCGAACUGUAUCACUGGCUUCUGCAUUUCGAAUUGGUUGACCCUGGGAUUCUCUUUCGCCCCUGGCAGCGUUGCAUGGCGAUUCCCGCUGGCCUUUCAGAUGUUCUUCACCGCCCUCGUCUGGAUGAUGUGCCCAUUCCUCCCAGACUCGCCGCGGCUCCUGAUCCGUAAGGGACGAUACGACGAGGCUCGCGAAGUCCUGGCGGCUCUUGAAGGCCGUGGCGCAACGCCGAACUCUUUGUCCGUUCGCACACAGUUCGACAUCAUCAAGGAUGUGCUCGAUCGCGAAACGGCACUCAAGUACACAUGGUGGCAACUUCUUUCCGGCCGUGGACCGUCCGGUGUGGUUCGCAGAAUGAUUCUGGGUGCAUGGAUGCAGGCUAUGAACCAGAUCAGUGGUAUAAACGUCACUUCGUAUUUUCAAACAUACAUUUUCAUACACGCUAUCAAUCUCAAUGAGCUGCUAGCUCGUAUCCUUGCCGCAGCCGGAUCGGUCGACUACCUGAUCUUCAGCUUUCUAGCGUACUUUGUCAUCGAGCGGUACGGGCGUCGCCGUGUGAUGAUGGUGUCUGCCUUUGCCUGUUCGACUUGCUGGGUCGUCAUCUCCAUCGCCCUCGGCCUUUCUCAGACGGGCCAGGGCAAUGCAUACAAGCUCGGCGCUCUGGCCACGACUUUCUUCUUUGUCUUCUUUGCUUCGUUCGGCCUCGGCGUCCUUGGGGUGCCCUGGUUGUACCCAACGGAGAUCAACCAUAUCUCCUUCCGAGCCAAAGGGGCAUCUCUUGCCAUGUCAACCAACUGGAUCAUGAACUACAUGGUUGCCCAGGUCACGCCGCCGGGUAUCAGCAACCUCGGUUAUAAAUUCUGGAUCAUCUGGGCUGUAAUAUGCGCUUCAUUCAUUCCGACCACUUACUUUUUCUACCCCGAAACUGCAAAUCGCACUCUGGAGGACAUCGAUCGCUUUUUCGAGGAGCAUCCCGGUGUCUUUGUCUUCAGGGACAAGAUCGCCACACAGCUCCAAAGACCCGAGAAGUACGAGAGGAUGGAUGCCGAGAUUGCACGAAGAGACGAAGAGGAGCGAAUCAGAAAUGGUGAGGUUGAUGUCACCGACGACGACAAGGGAAGUAAGGAGGUGGCCUACCUGGAGAAGUGA